UUCUCUCUUCCCUCCCUUUCCACCACAAGGGACUUAUCAGCUGAUGGCAGCUGUAUCGGCUCCAUAUCAGCCUCCUUAAAUAUCAACUAUCAGUAUCAGCCCCCAAAAACUAUCGGUGCACCCCUAGUUUUAAGUACUAGACCCAUAGUGUUCACACUGAGUGGAUGCUCCUUUUGAGAGCUGUCAUCACUGGUACCAAAGCAAAGGGCAUGCUGCCCACUUAGGUCUCAAUUGUUUGAACUCCCAGAGGAAGGGUGCAAAGCAACCCCCCAGCCUGAGUCUCCUAACGGCAGUGCCUGCAGUAGUGCUGGAAACAGCCCUGAAAAUCUGUAGAUUGCUUUUAGUCAAUAGACUGUGUGCUGUAGUUUUUAAUCUUUGGAAAUUCUGCCACACUUUGCAGAAUAAAUGACAUGUUAUCCUGUGUUCUUAGGAUGAAGAAAAAAGAGAGGAAGCCCUUGAAAUGUUUGAAGAAUCUUCAAAGCAGGGUUGUCUAAACAGCUCCUACCUCCUCUGGGAAAGUAACAGAAAGGCUGCUAUGUCAGAUCCUGGCAGAUACCUCCAGAGUCUCAGGAAAUUAAGGGACUAUGCAGCAAAGGGUUGCUGGGAAGCACAGAAAGCUUUAGCCAAAGCUUGUGGGAAUGGAAACCAGCUAGGAUUAGAAGCAAAAGCCUCCAAUGAGGUGGUGUCUCAGCUCUUCCAAACCUCCCUUCCCAUCAGCAAGCAAACUAUCUUCACUGUGCAAAAGGGAAUGAAUGAGACAAUGAGGUACAUCUUAAUUGACUGGCUGGUAGAAGUGGCCACAAUGAAGGAUUUUUCAAGUCUCUGCCUUCAUAUGACAGUAGGAUGUGUGGAUCGGUACUUAAAGCUGAGACCUGUACCCCGUGCCCGACUGCAGCUCUUGGGUAUUGCCUGCAUGGUCAUUUGUACACGCUUCAUCAGCAAAGAGAUCUUGACAAUACGAGAAGCUGUGUGGCUAACAGACAACACAUACAAAUAUGAAGAUCUGGUUCGAAUGAUGGGGGAGAUCAUUUCUGCCCUAGAAGGCAAGAUAAGGAUUCCUACUAUUGUGGACUACAAAGAAGUGCUGUUGAACAUAAUCUCACUGGAGAGAAGAACUCUUCACCUGUAUGGCUUUAUCUGCGAACUCUCACUAUUAAACACAAGUCUUUGUGCAUAUUCCCCUGCCCAUCUGGCUGCUGCAGCAUUACUGCUAGCUAAGAUAUUGCACAGGCAAGCACAUCCAUGGACCAGCCAGCUGUCUGAAUGCACUGGAUUUUCCCUAGAAGACCUGAUACCCUGCAUGCUGAGCCUCUAUCAAAAAUGUUUCCAUGAUGAUGUCCCAAAGGAUUAUAGGCAGGUGUCCUUGACUGCUGUAAAACAACGAUUUGAAGAUGAGCGUUAUGAAGAAAUUGGCAAGGAGAAGGUGAUGAGUUACAGCCAGCUCUGUCUGCUGUUAGGAGUGAAGCAGGAGGACCCAGAGCCCAGUCCCUUGCACAUGAGUGCAGUAGAAAUUCAAACUUUCCUUAGCUCUCCUUCUGGAAAGAGAACUAAAAGGAGAAGGGAAGACAGCAUUCAGGAAGACCGGGGCAGUUUUGUAACUACACCCACGGCUGAACUGUCCACCCAAGAGGAGAGUCUUCUGGACAACUUUCUGGACUGGAGCUUAGAUUCCUGCUCUGGGUAUGAAGGAGAUCAGGAAAGUGAAGGCGAGAGAGAAGGAGAUGUAACAGCUCCCAGUGGAGUCUUGGAUGUAACUGUGGUCUACAUGGAUCCUGCAAAGCACUGCUGUCAGGAUUCCAGCGAUGAAGAUAUCCCACCCACAGUGCAGUCCCGACAGGAUGUUCUGGGGAGGGAGGCUGACCAACAGUGGCCCACACCCCUGACCCCAAGAGAACCUAUGCUAGAGGCCAGUUCAGGCUAUUCCUCUGUCAACAGCGCUAGUCCUACUUCCUCUGCAGACAGUAAUUUUGGAGCAUCUCUCAAAACUACCUCAGUGCUGUCCCUGAGCAGUUCCAUGAACAAAGGGCCAUACCUGUCUUACUACUUGAAAUCAUGUUUACAGUCUGUCCACUCCAAACCUUGCAAGGGCCAGUGUGACAGAAGGCAAGUCAAGCGGAGAAAUGUGGCUGAACGCAGUGAAGAAAAGAUGAACUUGGGCUUCUUGAGCCUCUGAUUUCAUGCUGUUUACUUUUACCUAAAAGGGUUCCUGGAAACCAGUAUUUCUGUGUAUUCUUGCAGGGGAAGGUAGUAAGUAAUUAUUGAUGCCUGUAUAAGCCAGCCCCUCCUCUCCCAGCUAGCCUAUGCCCAUCAGGGUCUUCAAGCCCAGUUCCUGCUCCUGUGGCCCAUUACUGGGCCACCUCAUUUCUAGGCAGCUGCUUUUUAAAAUGGCCCUUCUACUUUGAUCCUAUGCAAAUUAAAACCCCUCUUUCCAUUCUAGUCUUGAGCACAUGUUAAGUAAAGAGCCCCUCUAUACCAUCCACUGCUGGCUUGUCACCUUUUACUUCUAGCCUCUGCUAGUAGGUGAAUACUUGUGUCCUCCAUAACUUCACUCUUUGGGUAGCUGACUCCAGAAGGGAAGCAAGUUUUGUCCCUUUGUUAUGCGAUACAUGUAACACUAUGCUCAAGUUCCAACUGAAAAGCUCAGUCCAUUUCUGUGGCUUCACUCUGCCAAUUGCUUGCUCACUCAAGUGGUGUCCCCCAUUAUGUGUGCACACAGUUCACUACUGAUCAUUUUUAUGGAUACAAGGAAAGCAAAUGGAGGACCAAGUCCUCACGGUACAGGUAAAUAGAGGUUUACUCUGUAUCAGACCUGAACUUUUAAACUUCCCUUCUACCCAUCAGGCAUUGAACCCAAUCCCACCUGGGUGUAGUCUCUCUCACCUCCAGUUAGAGGUGUAGAUAAGGCAAAUCCAGCAUUCUGUCUAGCUGCCAUAUGUUCUCUCUCAGUUGAAGAGCCUCCCUUCUGUGCCUUAACACUUCACUUCCUUUAGUACUGCUGCAGACUGUAGCUUUGUUCUGUGGUUAAACUGCCACCUUCUCCUCCUGUAGGUCAACCUUACUUCCUGUCUAUUGCAUAUUAUCUUCCUGGCUGUUUCCAACAUGUCCAAGUUGAGUACAUAUCAUUUUGAACACUAGAACAGAGAUGGCACUGCAGUAAGGGUAACUAUCGCUUCUGGAUAAAGCCCUGGCUUAGAUAUCUCCCCACUGCAUUCCAGCCAGCCAAGGAGAACGUGUGCAAUUCCCGUAGCUGAGCUCAAAGUCUCAUGCCUAAUGCAGGCUGGAGAACCUAUAAAUCACCAUGUUGCAACAAGCCCAAGGCUGUGGAUAAAACUGCUUCAUCCUAUGGAUGGUUUGUUACACGAUGGGUUGCCUUUUGAACAGGGUGUAAGUGUUAAGGUACCAAAGUACAAGAUUUCUGGGAGCUAUGUCACUAUAUGAACUAACACUGGAACUGCACAUCAUAUUCCCCCUCCUUUAUUUUAGAAGUUACUGUGGCAGAGACAAUGACAGUUAUCUACAAUGUAGUGACUUUUUGAUAAAAUAAUUUUUUAAA